AUGCUUCUACAUUACACGAAUGCUAUAAAGACGCUGUUGCUCGGAUCUCACAGAUAUCUUGCCAACAACCUUCCAAAUAGUUUUGAAGCCAAUUAUGGAGCUCCAGACAAAAAUUCUCGGUUAUGGAGCGGUUAUGGCUCACAACGGUGCCUGGUGUAUAAUGUCUGCAGAGCAAUGCGUGCCAAAAAGACACAUGACAGUUUCACUUCAGUAGUGCAAGGUGUCUGCGCAAAUGGUAUUGGGUUCCAGCAAUAUCUCCAAAGGCUCAGGGGCAAUCAAGUCGGUGGUCAGAGACAUUUGUUGGACAGAACGAGGCACACUGAGGAUAAGAAGGAAAUACUGUAUCUGCGAUCUGCUAAGGUUGCUUUCAUUUGA